AUGCCUCAGCUCCUCCGGAAUAUCUGCAGGGUCAUCGACACCUUUGAAAAGUACGCACAGAAAGAUGGUGACUGCACUUCCCUCAGCAAGGCCGAGCUGAAGCAGCUCAUCCAAGAAGAGUUUGCCGACGUCAUCGUGAACCCGUACGAUCCCAAGACGAUUGAGUCAGUGAUGCAGCUGCUGGAUACAGACUGUGAUGGGAAAGUAGACUUUGAAGAGUUCACCGUUCUUGUCUUCAAAGUGGCGAGAGCCUGCCAUAUGAAAAGUCAGGAGUGCCAAGCUCCUUCAGAAGCCACCAGCGCACACAAAAGCCCAAAGGAUCUGAUCAAGGCCCAACUCGGGAACCUCAACAAUCGGAACAGAGAGCAGCCCAACAACCAGCCCCAUCAUGUCAGGGACAAGGGCAGGGCCCCAUUCUCCAAGGGGAAGUCGUGCCCCAAAAGCCAACCUGCCAACCUGGCCAUCAUGAAGAGCAAAGGCCAAGUCAGAGAGAGACUCCAAGAUCACAAAGAGGACAACAGGAAGUGA